UUUGUAGGGUUCACAGACGCUGAAGGAAGUUUUACCAUUAAUAGUCAUUUAAAAAAAGAUAAAUUUACUAUUUCUAGUUUUUCAUUCAUGUUUAAAAUAGCAUUACAUAAAGAUGACGAAAAGGUUUUAAGAGAUAUUAAAGACAGAUUAAGAAGCGGAGGAGUUCGUAUUUAUAAAGAUGAAUGUAUAUUUAGUGUUACAGAUAAAAAAGGUAUUGCUUUAUUAAUUGAUAUCUUCGAUAAAUAUAACUUAAAUACUUCCAAAUAUCUAGAUUAUUUAGAUUUUAAGAAAGCUUUCCAUUUUUAUUCGAAUAGAUCUGAAGAUUUAAAUCCUUAUAUGAUAAAAGAUACAAUUUUAGAAUUAAAAAAUAAAAUGAAUACUAGUCGUAUAAAUUUUGAUAGACCAAAUGAUUCUGAAAUCGUAAUAACUAAAAGUUGA